UUCGCUUAUAUGCUGAAGCCAAACCGUUAGGCGAUCCACUGGCAACUGGGCUCACAGCGCUAACGCAGCCACGCUACGCCGCCCCUGCAACUCAUUGGCCAGCCCACUGUCCGCGACGACGUCAGCGCCCAACGCCACUACUAUCUUCUCUUCCGUAGGCUCCGCAGUGUACCUACUUUGAUGCUUGGGAGCAAACAGAGACGUCACUGGCUGCUGCACCAAAAAAAAAAGAGCGACACCACAUUACAUUACCUUUCCCAUGUGCUUUUCCCUCCUCCUGUUGUCUCGCCCUCCUUUCGCCUGCGCCUCGUUUUUUCUUUUCUUCCUUUUCCAAAACACGCGAUAUUAUAACACCGGCUUUUCCUUUCUUCGUUCGAUCUCUCGACUACUUUUUCCUUUCUCUUGUUUCUUUACAACGACCAAACCGUACACGAACAACGCCGGCUCCCCCUCCCCUCUCCAACGAUGGCGUCACCACUCUCGCAUUGGUGGGCGUUCCGCUCAGGAAGCCCGGAUUGGACGGCAUCGCCCGUAACCGUGGCCACGACAGCUGCGAUUGCUACUGCGACGAUAUUCAUUGUGUCCAGAGAUAUCCUGUGGCCAAAAUGGGCAAAGGUCCUCAAGAGUCCGCUCAAGACGACGCUGCCUCGCAUGAAGAAGGAGGAAGUCGCGUGUCUUUCAUACCAGCCCGACCAGUUCCCAGGCGCCAGAGACGUCGAGACACCAUAUGGCUCCAUUCGCGUCUACGAAUUCGGCCCCGAGGACGGCGAAAAGGUCCUCUUUGUUCACGGCAUCACCACAUCAUGCAUGACCCUCACACAUCUGGCAAACGGCCUCGUUGAGCGCGGCUGCCGCGUUAUGCUAUUCGACCUCUUUGGCCGCGGCUUUACAGACGGAGUAGGCGACCUCCCCCACGACGAACGACUAUAUGUAUCCCAGAUGCUUCUGUGCUUGGCAUCGAGCCAGCUCGCAUGGACGGGCAACAACGCCAUUCGCGUCGUCGGAUAUUCACUCGGAGGCGGCAUUGCAGCCCACUUUGCAGACACAUUCCCUCACCUCGUCUCUAGUCUCGUGUUGCUCGCCCCGGCCGGACUCAUUCGCGCCGAGCGCUUUGGCAGAAUAACACGCUUUGUAUUCUCGUCCGGCGCAAUCCCCGAGGCCAUCCUGCACCAGAUCACAAGCCAGCGCCUCCAGCAGCCCAUUGCUUCGUCGCGCAAGGUGCCCAAGAACCCGCUGCCCAAGAGCUUGCCGACUACUCCCGGCAUCGAAGUUGCUGCAGCGGAGCUAGGUAGCCCCGAAUCAGCGGCAGUCGCGCAGCCACUAGAGAAUAAGGUCACGCAGUAUGUGCGCUGGAUGGUGGCGCACCACCGCGGCUUCGUGCCCUCCUUCAUGUCUUGCAUUCGUUAUGCGCCGCUGGUUCAGCGCCACGAUGUCUGGCGCUCGCUGGCCAAGCGUAAGCCUGGAUCCACCAUCAUCUUGCUGGCUGAGAGAGACGAGAUCAUCUCCAAGGACGACUACGAAAACGACGGUCUGCCCUUGAUUGGUGGCAAGGAAAAUGUUGUCUGGAAGGUUCUACCUGGCAGCCACGACUUUGUCAUGACACACCCUCAUGAGAUUCUGCAGGUACUGGAUCACGAGUGGAAUAAGCAAGAAUAGAUGUGCCACUUCGAAUAAACAGAAAACCAUGUUCAAUUUCAGAAGAAGGGGAAUUAGCUGACGUUUUUGUCUAUGUACAAUAAAUACAGAGGCGUAGAUAACAAAUGCUUUGAGUGUAGUGUACCCAGAAUAACACCAGUUGCCAAAAACAAAGCAACCAUAUAAAACAAAAUUUUACCCCGGCACACCGUAUCGUUCUAUCGAUCGAGGGCCUGGUUCUGGCACAUUUGCCAAUACACACCCCUCUUCUUGAGCAGCUCAGUAUGGCUUCCCUGCUCCAGCAGUUUGCCCUCGCCAAGCACAAAGAUGACAUCUGCGUUCUGCACAGUCGCAAGUCUAUGCGCAACUACAACCAUUGUGCGGCCCUUGCCGGCUCGCUCAAACGCCUCCUGCACGAGCUUCUCGCUCUCUGAGUCUAGAGAGCUGGUUGCUUCAUCGAGCAGCAGAAUGUCAGGAUUGCGGAUGAGGGCGCGAGCGAUGGCGAUGCGCUGCUUUUGACCACCGCUGAGAGUUACACCCUUGGAGCCAAUGUUCGUAUUGUAUCCUUCGGGGAGAGAUACAAUGAAUUCGUGAAUAGACGCGUCGCGGCACGCUUGGUGCAUCUGCUCGUCUGUAGUAGUUUCAUCGUCGACACCAAGAAGAAUGUUCUCGCGAAGCGUGCCUUGGAAGAGAGUUGCUUCCUGGGCGACAAGAGAAAGGUGGCGGCGGUACUGGUAAAUGUUAAUAUCAGUAAUAUCUUUGCCGUUGCACCGAAUCUGGCCCUUUUCCAAGUCGUAGAAUCGCUCGAGCAGAGAGAUGAUGCUUGUUUUACCGCAGCCAGAUGCGCCAACUAGGGCAGCAAACUGCCCCUUUUCGAUUGUGAGGCUUAGACCCUUGAAGACGGCAGUCUCGCGUGUGGGAUACUUGAAGUGCAAGUUGUCCAACUCAAUCUUGACGCCACCCUUGGUAUCGGGGAUCUCUUCGGAAUUGGAGACAUCAUCCCUAAGUCGAGAGUCUCGUAGGCUAAGAAUCCGGUUGGCUGCGGCCUUGACCUGGGCAACGUUGGGCCCAAAGCUUAGACUCUGACCGGUUGCCUCUCCGGCGUUCAGUACCGCCAUAAAACUGACAAAAAAUGCCUCAGUACUAUACUCCCCGUUGGCAAUCAAGUGACCACCAUAGUAAAAGAUGAGGGCUUGGCAAGCCAGUGUGGCGCUAUCAGAAAAUCCAAACAGCAAGCUCACCCAACGGGCCUUCUUGUAGGCAGUGACAACAUGGUUGUGGCAUAGCGUUUCAAAUCUGGCACAGGUGGCGUCUUCUAAUGUGAGGGAGCAGACGGUUCGGAAGGCACCGAUGCACUCAGAGGCGAAUUUGGAACUCUCAGCAAACACCUCGUCGUUCAUCUUGUUAAAGACCAUUUCAUAUCGGAGGCGCCAGUAGCUGCAGCCAAGAAGGAUUGGCACGACAAUGCACAACGAGACAAGGGCGAGCUUCCAUCCAAAGGAGAAGGCAAUAGCAAUGGAACCAAUCAAGCUGAAAAAUCCCAUAUAUACACUAGCCAUGUUGGCUCCCAUGAGUUCCUCCAGUUGCUGAGGAUCGGACGUCGUUCGAGACGUCAUGGUACCCUGGGAGUGAUCUUCCUCAUCAAAGAAUGAUGUCUUUUGGUGUAGCAUGUUGUCAAAAUACUCAAUCUGAUAUUUGGCACGAAUGACAGCAGAGGUUCGAGUGGAAAAGAAAAAGGUGCCAAAGUAUCCGACACCAACGACAGCUGCGAGAGUAACCCACAUCUUCGACCAGAAGUUGCUCUGGCUUGCCAGAGUCUCCUUGUUAUUGAAGAUGGUGAUAACUUUGGAAAACAACCAAGCCUGAAGUGGCAUUGCAGAGGCAGAAAUAGCCGCAAAUAUAAUGGUCAAAAUCAUCAUGUACCAAUGGCUGCGGGUUUCAUAAAAGAGUCGACCGAAGCUUGUCAAGAGGCCGCGAAGUUUCUCCUUGGCAUCCUUGGGCUUGUCUUGUUCACCAACAGACUGAGCUGCGCUUUUGGUUGUCUCGAGUGCAAGGUCUUCCGGUUCGGCUUCCAAAGCCUCAUCUGCCUCUGUAGGUUCACCGAGAGAAAGAGCCUGAGCAUUGACCAAACCAGAAUAGACACCAUUGGUAAUAUCAAGUAGGCUCUCAUGCGUACCGGACUCGACAACCUUUCCUUUCUUUAGCACAACAAUUCGGUCAGCCUUUUUAAUAGUAGAAAGACGAUGAGCGAUAGUGAUGGUGGUGCGAUUCUUGGCGACUCUAUCGAGGGCAGCUUGCACAAUACGCUCUCCGCGAACGUCGAUGGCGCUGGUGGCCUCAUCAAGAAUGAGGAUCUUGGGCUGGCGAACAAUUGAUCUGGCAAUAGCUAUACGCUGGCGUUGACCACCAGAAAGCUUUGCUCCGCUAUCACCAACCAGUGUGUUAUAACCAUCAGGGAGUUUGUCAAUGAACUCGUCAGCAAAGGCUUCCUUGCAGGCUUCCUUCACCAUUUCGAGCUUCGUUUCUUCACUUUCAUUCUCCCAACGUGUUCCCAUGAGACCAUUUGCCACAUUUUUAAAGAUUGUCUCGUUGAAAAGAAAGGGUUCUUGCUGAACCAAACCGAUCUGUGAUCGCCACCAUUUGAUGUUAAUCUCGUCAAGUGAGUGACCACAAGUACUGACCGAUCCCGAAAGGGGAAUAGGAGGACCAGUCUGCUCUUCUUCCUGGGCAUUUGCCUCGGCAUCCUCUGACUCUGACUCAUCUCCCUUCUUCUUCUUCUUUUUCUGCUCAACGGCCUUGGCAACGACGUACUGUUCCUUCAAGCUGUACCAUCGUUCGAUAAGACCGACAAUCGUACUCUUACCGGAGCCCGAUGGCCCAACUAUGGCAGUGAUCUUUCCCUUUUCAAUCCGUAGAUCCAAAUCGUCAAGGAUUUUAACGUGAGGUCGACUGGGAUAGGCAAAAGUGACUUUUUCAAGGAUGAUGUCCUCAGAGGCAUUAACAUGAGGAUCUUGAAGGUGGCCAGGAUCAGGACGUGGGGCGUCAAUAACUGUGAAAAAUUGGCAGGCAGCAAUUGUCGCUUUGCUAACAGCAAGAAGUGGCGUCGAUGUUCGCUCAAGAGAAAAUAGGACCAUCAUGACAGAGAAGAGAACAACGACAAUCGUUCCAACGUCAUCGACUCGGUGCUCGAUAAUGGCCUUGGUGCCAUACCAGAAUGCGAGGCCAAAAGCGGAGUAAAGGGCGAAGAAAAUGAGGCCAAACUGGAGGGCCAUCAACGGACUGAUUGCUCGGCCGUGAACUUUUGAUUGUUCGACAAAUGUAGCAUACUUUUUAGCUAUCCUGGAUUCGGCACCACAGGCUGCAAUCAUACGCAGACUCGCCAUGGCUUCAGAAGCAACAGCUGAUGCUUUCGCCUCAGACUAUAUAGCUUUAUUUAGCAGGCUAAUCGGAGACGAUGAAUGGGCUUACUCACUUUUGAGAUUUGGCCGUGGUGCUUAACGAUGAGGGGCAGAAUGGCGCCUAUACUGAUCAUAAUGAACAGAAUGGCAGAAGCAGUAACGAGAGUCAACUCCCAGCUUCGCACAAAGGCAAUGACGACAGCGGCAACAAUUGUAGCAUUGAACUCUACAAAGACACCCAGUUUCUCUGAGAUUCCUAGCUGUAAAGUGUUGCUCGUAGAGGUGAUGGUGGUAGUGGCGUAUCCAGGGGGUAGAGAAUCAAGGACGUGGAUGCUCUGAGCAAAUAGUGCUCGAAGAUAGGCAAGUCGGACGGCUGAAGAGAUCCUGAUACCAAUCAUACGAAAAGCAAAUUUGUUGAUAUAGUUCAGAGUGAGUCGGCAAAUGAAUAGAGCAAACAUGUAUAGCCUGAAAUUUGUUAGUGCUGCUAGGCCGUGGAGGGUAGGUGGCUGCAACAUACGAUAGCUGGUUGAGUUUGCCAAGAAAGUCUGCCACUUUCUUGUCGUAGGCGGCUUUGAAGCUGCCAGGGUUGGCGAAGUUGCUGGGAUCGGCGAAGUUACCGAAGUCGUUAAAGCUGCCGACAAAAUUACCAAAGACAACAUUCAUGAGUGGGAGAGUAACGCCAGCACCAAUAGAGGCGAUGAUGCCUGCAGCGUAUGCAACGAAAUCCCAUGCGGUAGCAUAUUUGAAAACUCGCUACACAUGUUGGCCGUAUUAGAAGCCAGACUUUCAAAUUGUAUAGAAUAUGUGGGUGCCGUGAAACUGACCAUAUAAUCCUGGAACGAUGCUGUACGUUCUGGGCGAGCCUUUUUGGCAUUUGUCUGAUCGUCGACGGGCUCAUUGGCGGGUUGAGGUUUCUCGGUCGUGGGCGAGGGUGACCUCUCUUUGGAGGUGUCGUCCAUGGCAGCUGAGACACCUGGCACAGGUGCGAGGACACAAAAGGAAAGAAGAAAAGGAGUAGAGAAGGAAGCCCAAUAGGAAAUGUACAAACGAAACAAUAAAACAAUAAAGAAGGUUGAAGACACAAAAAUAUGAAAAAAAAAAAAAAAAAAAUUGACGCGGGAAAUCCAAGAAAUAAAAACACACGCUGGAAAUGAACGAAAGCGAGGCAGCUGAUGCAACUUCACGCCAGCUAGGGGAAGAGGUUGCGUUGUGGCCACGCCUGACGGGGGGUGGUGCGCCACGGUAGCUCCCAAACGAUGAACGAUGAAUACGGGUGGAGCUACAGCGGGGCAGCGGCACCAACAGCG